AUGCGACUGCACCACCCUCUGUCAACCUUUCUGGAGGGCGCAGUCGAGCCUCCACCUCCCGUCAAUUUCGUCCAGGGUGACACCUUGACACAAUCUGUAGUCCCCCCACCUUCCGGACUUGCCGACCCGCUCUUCCCCCCCGUAGCUCGAUUGACGAAAGAGUCGGCGCCUGGCUCCCGCUACCAAUUGGGUAGGCUCCAGGAGCCCUCCCUUUUGGAAAGCAUACGUCUGUAUCUGGCAUAUCUGCACGAUAAGCCAACAGACGUAUGCAUUUCGGGCAAAACCAGGGCCAGUAUAAGGUUGCGACUCGCAACCGAAGGGCUCUCCGCGCGAAGGGAAGAACUGUUAAACUUGUACAGGCAGUUCUACCUUUCAUACGGCCUUUCGGAGGCAGACGUCGACUCGGACCUCAACGCGCUGCGUAAUCUGACGCAAACUGAGCGGAUGGCCUACUUACAAAGAGCCCGCGAGACGCAGUACAAAUACACAAGACCCAUCUAG